UGGACCGGUUCUGCGCUGCCUCAGGGGCCAUGAUCAACCGACAGAAGUCGGCGGGGGCGUGGCUCGGUGAAUGGGCGACUACGCCAAGAACUUUCGGGGGUAUAGAAUGGAGCACUUCGCUCGACGGCUACCUGGGUGUGCCGGUGGACCCGCAGCGAUCAAUGGCCGCAGUGUGGAGACCGACCGCCAACUCCGUUGCCGCCAAGCUGUCGCCCUGGCGGUGCAGAAACUUGUCUUUCUUCAGCCGGGCUCACGUGUGCAACACAGUCAGCUACCGAGCCGUGCUGUACAGGGCUCAGGCCGUCUGCUGCCCGGGCAGCCAGGCCGGAAAAGUACACCGGAACUGGGCCAUGUUCGUGUGGAAGUCCGCCAUGGAAAGCACACGAAGGAACAACCUCUUUCUGCACCAAGAGAGCGGAGGUCUGGGCCUCGUUAACAUCGUGCUCAAGCUGCACGUGCAGCGUUUUCUGCUUUUCCGGGAUGCAAGGGACCCGACCUUCAUCGCCGUGCUGCACCACCUUGGAUUCCCACAUCUCGGGAAUUGGAUGGUGAGCACGAGUGGCCGCACGACCAAGGGAGCCGCCCUGAGGUUCUACAAGGAAAUCGCCAGCUCCAUCGAGUUUCUGCAGGCCCAAUUUUCCUGGGAAUGCCUGGCGACCGUCGGAAAGAGGCGGCUGUACUGGGAUGCCGUUUCCGCAUCCUUCCCGCCACCGCUCUACAGACAACCACCGACGCCCGACGACGCGACGCGACUUUACAAACUCGUGAGAAUCCUUCCCAUCCCUGUGGCGACAAGGGACUUCUUCGUCCGGGUGCACAUGGAGGUCCUUCCAGUUAAAACCUGGCUCCAUCACAAGGGGUUCUUCGUGCCGUGGUCCCUAAACUGCGACCUUUGCGGGGCGCCCGAGACCAUCCAGCACGUCCUAGUCGAGUGUAGCAAUGCCUACCUCUUCUGGGACGAGAUGAGGACGACGUUUGAGCUCAGGGACUCCUUCGAAGUGGAGUGGAGCGUCUUCAAGUAUCUGCAACUUGAGGAGAGGGAUAAGACGGAGGUGGCGCACGUGAUGAUGCUGCUGGGCCUGCACGCCAUCUGGCAGUCGCGUACCGCAAUGGUGCAAUGCCAUCUCGACGCGCGUCCAACCUGGAGCUACUUCGUGUCCACGUUGGGGUGGGUGCUAUCGGUGACGUCGCGGCAGCCGAACGCGGGUGAUUGGGAGUGCAUCGAGCGACAACUCGAGGAAGGUCGUCGCCGCUGCGCGCAACGACGUACGUCAGGCGUGGGAAACUGGCGAGUUCCUGUGAACUGUAGGCGCGUUGGCGUUGGCUGAGGUGCGCGGUGCGCGAAAGUGGACCGUGGCUCUUCCCCCCCUUGGAACUUCGCGUCCUUUUUUGUUCGAUUUAUUGAUUUUUUUUUGUACAGAUUGCAUAAUUGCUUACGCAGUCUCAUACUGUAUCGUUUGCGUUUCCUCUCAAUCGUUUCCGCCAAGUCUGGUCAGGUUCGUGUGGUAGCUAUUUACCGCACGGCGACAGUGUAUCUUUCUUUUUUUUUCUCUCUCUUUUCAGAGUCUUUGUUUUUCUCACUCGUCUCUACAGUUUGUAUAACGUUUCUAUACAAGGGAUCCACAUGUCGUUUUCUGAA